AUGGCACCCUUAAUCCGCGUCGUUGGCUCUCUCAAUGCCGACAUGGUCUCAGUGACUCCUCGUUUCCCUGAAGCUGGAGAGACCAUCACUGCCUCGUCGUAUUUCACCAGCGCCGGUGGAAAAGGCGCCAACCAAGCCGUCGCAUGUGGUCGCAUGUCGCGAUCCCAGCCAUCCGCAUCUGGCACGUCUACCUCUACAAACCCUGUUACGGUCGAGAUGGUGGGUGCGGUGGGAGCUUUGGACGGUCACUUUGAUGCCCUGCUGAAGCCGACGUUGGAGAAAUCGGGUGUGGAUACUUCUCGUGUUCAGAUCAUCAAGGAUGCAUACACGGGUGUGGCGGUGAUUGUCGUUGACUCGUCUGCUGGAGGAGAGAACCGGAUUGUUUUCUCUCCCGGAGCGAACUAUACCGGUAUGCAACCUACUCCGGUGGUACUGGGGAUGGCACUUUUAGCUCCAGUGCCAGAUGUGAUUGUUAUGCAGGGUGAGAUUCCCAUCGACACGAUCAUCGGGACACUUCGAGAUAUCAAGGCAUGGAAGGAGAAGAACCGGGCGGAAGGGCAACGGGGAAUUGAGGCUGGGCCGGAUGUCAUAUUCAACCCUGCCCCUGCACCGCCGGGAGGACUACCAGAAGAUGUCUACAAAGCCGUGGACCAUUUCAUCAUGAACGAGACGGAAACCGAACUGAUGACCCCACCAACGGAGCAGCUCCUAAAGGUCGUUCCUGGUGCGGAGGGGCAACCUGGCAAGGAAAAGGUGGCUCGGUAUUUCCACCAGCUAGGCGUGACCUACGUCCUCAUCACAUUGGGAUCCAAGGGCGUCUGGUACAGUGCUACGGAUGCGGGAACAUCUGGCCCUGCUGAUGGCGUGAACCGAUUUACCAACGAGAUUCCAGCGGCAAAGGUGAGCAAAGUGCUCGACACGACUGCCGCUGGAGAUACUUUUGUGGGCGCGUAUGCCGUUGAGGUGGCGCGAUGGCGCGAACAGCGACGGGCAAACGGCAAGGCCGGACAGGAUGUAACCCAAGAAGAAAAGGGCGAGAGAUAUCAAAAGGUGAUGGAUCGGGCAAUGGGGAUCGCGACUCAAGCCGCGGCACGAGGAGUUGAGCGACAGGGGGCGAUGGACAGCAUUCCAUGGGAGGAUGAGAUCUAA